AAUACACACUACCAAAUGGCCAUGCCCGGUCAUGUCUGCUUCAAUUAGCUUGGUUUAUACGAUCUGUUUUUUAACGUCGAGUCCUAUCGUCAAUAAUCUGCAUUCUAUGGUUCAAUAACUAACGAGAAUUGUAUCAGUGAAAUAUACGGAAUUUUAAUAAAUCUGAAUAUCAGUGUUUAGUUAAAGUUGCGUUCAAGUAUCGUACGCGUUCCAUGUAUAAUGCUGAUCACGGUACGCGUGAUAUGUACGGAUAGAUACGUAUAGAUAGGACCGAUUUGUAGAAUGAAUGCUUAAUAAGUUACUUUCCGCGUUGCUUAAAGUCGCUUCUCACGAAUAUCUUUGCAACGUUGUCUUUUAAUUAUUACUGAACUUGGGAAAACUAUUCAUAAUGGUAUUUUAUUAAGAUUGAAACAAUAGUGUUUUAUAUGGUUUAUAUAAAUAUAUUCGUGAUUAUUACAAUUUUGGGAAACUUAUCAAUCUCUUCAGGACGAAAUAUUAAAAAAGAAUAUUCUACAAUCAUGGAAUCAUCUGACAGGAAAAAUGUUUAUCUUACAAAGACGGGUGAUAACUCUUUAAAUACUGGAAUGAGAGACACAAUGAUCGUUGGUCAAACAAAUAUGACACCAGAAUGUGGGGAACCUGUAAUGAAACCUGGAAAUGUAUCCAGUGUUUCAAACAAUCAAGCAAAAUGGUCAAAUAUGCAAAGUAAAAAUUUUAUUAUUAAUGCAGUACCAGUAAAAAAUGAAAUUGUACAUCUUGAAGAUGGAGCACAUUGCAAUAAGAAAAUGCACUACUAUGACAGACAUUAUGUGAGCCAUGAUGAAACAGAAAAACCAACACGUAGGGGAACUAAAAGAUACAGAGACAAAGAUGCACCAAAAAGAGCAUUGUCUGCAUUUUUCUAUUUUUGCCAAGAGUUACGUGGAAAAAUGAGAGAAUUACAUCCAGAAAUGGGAGUAGGCGAUAUUGCCAAAGAGUUGGGUAAACUAUGGAUGAGUACAGAUCUUCAAACAAAAUCAAAGUAUAUGGCAAUAGCAGAAGAAGAUAGAGCCAGAUAUGAAAGAGAAAUAAUUGCAUAUAAUAAAAGAGUAAAAAAUUAUGAUCCAGAGGAAGUUGGGCCUGUGUAAGUUUUUGAAUAUAUUAAGGAAGAGAGGACAGUAUACUUUGUCCUAAGUCAAGCACUCGCCAAUUGAAAAUACAUAACAAUUUUACUAAUAGCUUAGUAUUGUCAAUCGUUGUAUAUAUUAUGUACACUAUUGACAUUAACAUCUAAAGAAAAAUUACACUCAAUAUAAAAUUUGGUUGCAAUUCUGGAAAAUAGCAUUUGAAAACAAUUAUCAUCCUGUAUUAAUUUUAUAAUUGGAGACACUAUUUUUGUGCGAAUAAGGUGUGCUAAUAUAUUUACAAAUGAUACCUAAUACAAAUAAUUACAUUAAUAUCAAUAGUAAUAAUAUUGAAAACUAUAAUGCCGACGAUAAUAAUAAUAUUAUUAUUAAUGAUGAUGAUAAUGAUAAUCUAUAUUGCUAUUAAAUAUGUUAUACAAUUGAAGCACAAUAGCAAGUAAAAGUCAAGCAGAGUGAGCUUUGUACAGUGCACUUGUCUUGUCUACUAAUGCAUUAUUCAUGUUUAUAACGAAAAAAACUAGAUAUCAGGGAUUAUUUAUAUCUAAAACCCUGUAUAGUACACAUAUUCCAUGUAUUUUGUUCUUUUUCCAAUAAAGGUAAAAACAUUUAAAGCA